GGCUGCCUCCAUGGGGAAAGUAACUUGAUCAAAAUCGUUUCUUUUACACACAUUUUCUUUAUAAAGUCAAAUAUAUCACCGGUUUAGCUAUGGCUGAAGAACCAAAGAAAGAUGAUAAGAAGCACAAGACGUGUAAAAGUCGCCGAGAAACUGCUGUCCAAGGAACCAACGACAACUCCAUAGUGAGUAAAUGUUCCAUGGCCGCAAUAGGCUACUUUGAUGAUGUCUACCUCCAGGAAUUUGUAUCUAAGGUCACAAGGAGAGCACCACUUAUCCACAGGGGCUACUACAUCAGAGCUGUGACAAUAGAUUAUAUCCUAAAAUCAUUCUUGGCCUCGCAUCAAGGACCAAAACAGAUUAUCUCCCUUGGAGCUGGCUUUGAUUCAGCAUACUUUCGUCUUAAAGCUGUAGACAGUUUGGAAAACGUUUCAUUCUAUGAGGUUGAUUUUCCUGAGGUGGUAAAGAGAAAAUGUGCAAUUAUCAAGGCCAAGGAUGUCCUGGGUGAUCUCAUUCCCGGUCUAGAUCAGCAGAAUACUGAUCAGAAUCCUCUAAUAGAGAUACACACACCUGGAUACACCCUAGUUGGUGUUGAUCUGACUCAGCUGAACACCCUCGAGGCUGUACUGACCCACUGUGGGGUGGACACUGAACGGCCGACCCUCCUGCUGUCUGAGUGUGUACUCACCUACAUGACACGCCGCUGUUCCUCUGCUGUCCUGAAGUGGGCCUCGGAAACAUUUGUCAAUGCUGUGUUCGUUUUGUAUGAACAGAUACAUCCCAAUGAUGCCUUUGGACUAUUUAUGCAACGCCAUUUCCAGGUGGUAGGCUCACCGCUCCGCUGUAUCACUGCGUUCCCCACUAUACAAUCACAACAGGAGCGAUUCCUAAAACUGGGCUGGGAAAGAACAGAGGCACUUGACAUGAACCAAUUUUAUAUGGCCCUGGUGACUGGCCAACAGCGCCACCUAGUGGAAAUGAUGGAGCCGUUUGACGAGUAUGAAGAGUGGCAUCUCAUGUGUGGUCAUUACAUGGUUAUGUGUGGCUACAUAGGACGCUCUGGCAAACUUCUACAAGAUAUGAGUCAGAAAUGCAUCAAACAUCUGAAUGAACCAGAUCCAGAUCUGCCGUAUGUUUGUAUAGAACAUCUGCCUGUAGGCUACCCUCUGCUGAGGUUUGGACAUAGCAGCACACAUCUCCAUGGCAGCAGAUUCUUUGUGACUGUGGGAGGCUUUGGGGAGCAGGGUGGCAAACACAGGCGUCUCAUUGAUGUUGUUGUAACAGAUCUGAAGACUUUUAAUUCUCGUAUCCAUUACCCGACUGUAGAUCCAAAGACAAUUGAGGUGAACAGGAUGCAUCAUGUGAUCUGCGCCUUGAAAGAUAAUACUGUUCUUCUCAUUGGUGGGAGGACAUCACCAAUCAGACUCUGCCGUCAACUCGUUAGACUGAAUUUCAUUGGUUUGGAUAUCAACCAAUCAGAAUCCUCAAACAUCAAAGAUACUUCAUCUUCUGACCAUUCAGAGCAACAGUUGAAGACUGGUAAUUCUAUAUCAAGUGAUUCCCCAUCAGAACAGGUAGAAGCUGGUGAUACAACAGAAGCUGGCCAUACUGGUAAUAAUGACACAAAUGUUAGUAAAUCCAGAACAGAACAGUCAAGUGAAUGUUUCUGUGAUAAUUUAGCAGAAAAUGUUUCAAGACAGUGUGGAUUAAAUAGUGAAGUUAGAAAUCCACUGGUGUCAAAACCAACAAAUUUUGAUAACAUGUCAAAAUCAGAUGAAGCCAGACAAGAUUUUUGUGAGUUAGGAAAAUCUGUGAUAGAGCAUAGAAAUCCACAAGGUACAGAAACUGGAAAGAAGGAAAAUACUGGAAAUUCUAACCGCAGGGAAAAAGGAAAGGUUCAAAAGGGUAGAUAUUCAAAGUCUAAGCAAACGGGAAAUGUUGAGGAAAAUUCAGGCCAGACUGUAACAAAGACCGAUAAGAAUGGAAAGAUUGUGAGUGAAGGAGUACCUCUCAAUGUGGAUAUAAGUGUGAUAACGGAAAGUGGGGACGUCCCAUGUCCACGGUGGAGACAUUCUGCCUUGGUGGUCGACAGAGGAGGUCAGGAGUGUGUUUUCCUGUUUGGAGGUCGAACUGAGACUUUACUUGCACUCAAUGAUGGAUAUUUCUUGGACACCGCUACAGGCAGAUGGACGAAGGUGUCUUCUUCUGAGUGUGAUUCUGUACCAGUUCCCAGGCAAGCCCAUUCUACUACAACCUGGGGUCAAAAGGUCAUAGUGUCAGGAGGUCUGGAUUCUAACCUACAACCUUUGAACUCUGUACACACUUUUGACCUCACAACCUGUGAAUGGAAAACACUUGCUUUAAAAGGAAACAUGUCAUGUCGGUAUUCCCAUUCUAGUCAUGUGAUUGGUGAAUACUUGGUUCUGAUUGGAGGAGUGAACUUGAACCACACACAGCCAGGGGUAGCUCUUGUCCACUUACCGUCCCUCAUCUGUCUUGAGUUUCCACUCCAGGCCCAGCAGAAGGACGCUAUUGUGAUGCUACAUAGACACACCAGUGUAUACAGUGGAAAUCACAGUUUUGUUGUGGUGGGGGGCGGGGGCAAUUGUUUCUCCUUUGGGACUCACCUUAACACGACUCCACUCAAACUUGAUCUCACAGAAUGCUUCAACAAGAUGGAGCACUACAUCGAAAGCCAUAAUUCAGACUGAAAAAAAUAUUCCAGUUAUGAAAAAUUAAGUGCAAGAUAAGAAAAUGUAUUCAGGUCUUUUCCUAGUAUUGUCUGGAUAUAAUGUUUUUCUGAUUUUACAGUCAAUGAAUUUCUGUAAUAAAUUGUAUGUGAUGUAUAUUUAUAUAAUAUUAUAAAGUAUAGUACAUAAUGCAAAAAGAAGUAUAGGCCUGUGUUAAUUAUAUAUAUAAUAUAUGUACAAUUCGUAUCCAUGUAUGUAAAUACAUUGCGAUCCAGGUAUUCAUAUCAUCUUAUAGACGACUUCCACAAUGAUCAUGUCAGGGUAUCGGGCCGACCGUCACUGCGCCAUUGAAACGUUCUUUUCUAAGAACGCUGAUGUGGCGCAGCAGUACCGUCAUUUGUGUUGCUAAGUUAUAUAUAUAUAUAAUGAAUCUGGAACGAUUCUGCAUUCAGCUCUUAUUGAUACAGUUAAUAGAAAUAAAUCGAAAAAUUUGAUGGAACAGGAGCAGAACUGACUUAGUUUGUUUGUCAAGUCAAUAAGUAUCCUCAUACUUCUUGAAUAACUGAAGUUCUGAUAUGAGUGUUGAUAGAAAGGAGAAAAUUUUUAUAUCAAAUGAACAGUUCGGAUAUGUUUCAUGAAAUUACAGAAUGAUAUAACUUAAAAUUCUAUUUAAUGAAAAUGUAUUACAACUGUAUAAUUAUUAGGAUAUCAUGUAUGGUGUUAGCUAAUUUACCGUUAUAUUAUAGAAACAAUAACUUAAUGUAGGUUUGAACAUGAAAUUAAAUCUGUUUGUUAUAUUUUGGAUAUGCGAAAUGAGGGAAAAUAGAUAUUUUAGUUCAAUAAUUAAUGUGAGAUUUUCGAUAUUUUGUGCUGGUAAUUUAUGCUUAUUAUGCAAUUUUUGAAAUAAAGGGGGACAUUUCGACAUUUA